AUGGACCAUCAAGGGCAGAAUGUUCAGCAGGGGCCGCAGUUGCCCCAGCAGCCCCUAGGGAGUGCAGGAGUUGAGCCGCCAGUGGCCCAGAACCCGUUCUCUCCAGGUGGGCAAGCACAGCAGCCAGCGCCACAGCUGGUGCAGAUUGACAUGACACAGAUGCAAUUGCUUAUGGCACAGAUGGUUGAGACGGCGCAAGCAGCGUCGCAGGCUGCUCAAGCAGCCGUUGCCCGGCCCUCGAGCAAUUUGACUUCAGGAUUUUCAGAUGCGAAUAAGAUCCUUAAUCGACCGUCGGAGUUUGGGUCCGGAGUGCACGACAACGACCUUGCAAAUUGGUCUGAAUGGAGCCACUCAUUCAGAACAUGGUUGGUUUUCGCAGAAAGUCAGUUCGAACAGGACUUAAAGCUUGUGGAGGAUAACUUGCAGGGCCCUGUUGAUCUGACUGGGGCUUCGCCUGAUCGCAUUGCAAGGUCUCAGAGGCUUUACGCGAUCCUUGCAAGCAUUCUGCGUUCGAAGCCAAAAGCGAUCUUGCGUCAGGUCGUCAACAGAAACGGCCUAGAAGUCUGGCGGGUGCUCACCAAUACCUUCGCACCCAAAUCGAAAUUCAGAGGACUCGCUCUCUUGAACGCUCUUAUGACGCUCCCGAGCUUCGGGAAAGAUCGCAGCCUGCGAGAACACAUCCAAGGCCUCGAGAGAAUAGCUGAAGAAUAUCAAAGGGUCACUGGACAAUAUCCUGGGGAAGAGGUUAUGCUAGGCACACUAGUUCGGUCCCUUCCCUCUGCGAUAAAACAACACGUUCAACUUCAGAUGACAGACUCCAGUAGUUACCAAAGCAUCAGGGACUACGUUCUGGGGUAUGAAGUUACGACAACGUCUUGGACUCCAGCCAAAAUGCACCAAGCUCUUGGUGUAGUGCCUUUACCCAGUGCUGUCGAGCAAGGCCCAGUCCCGAUGGAGGUUGAUGCACUUCAAAGAAAAGGGCCAAAAGGCAAGGGCAAGAAGGGCAAAGAGCAGAAAGGCAAAGGUGGACAGCAACCGCAGAAUCCGUAUGGUGACAAGGGCAAGGCCAAAGAAGGCAAGCAAAAGGGCAAGAAGGGCAAGGAGCACAAAGGCAAAGGUGGACAGCAGCCGCAGAAUCCUGGUGCCAAGGGCUCUAGGGCAAAUGUAGUGUGCCACAAUUGCCAGCGCAAGGGUCACUAUGCUAGUGAGUGCUGGCGUCCACGUGUGCAGCAAGUCCAGGCACAGGGUUCGGACACCGCGUCCACUGUUGCGCCUAGCACUGUUGGUCCUUCAGCAUCGCAAGUCGCUGGCAGCGCUGCUACCACCACGAAGCGCGUUGCUAGAGUUGAGAUAGACAUGACUUCCAGUGCGUUUCAGGACGAUGCAGAGAUCAGCGGUCACUUGUGUGUUUUGACAAAGGUGUGUCCUGAGGACCCAGCUGCAGCUACUGCCCAGCCGAGUUUUGCUUCACUGUGCAAGUCUUUGGCGUCUGCAUGCGUUGACCCUGUGAAGCCACAUGUUCUUGUGCCAGUGCCUGAGGCUGAAAUGUUUGACAUGUCAUAUUCGGACGGUGAUUGUGCCUGGACAGUGCCAGAUGAGGUGCAUGGAGCCACAUGUGUUGGUUGGUUGAGCAGUGCACGUGAUUCUGAGUAUGUGAAGUGCAAGGCGCCAGCCCGCAACCGUGCAAGGCCAGGCAGGCGAUCACGGCCGCCACUGCAGUGCGAGGCAGUGUUGCAUCCAUGUGAAUCCGCUGCCGAGCACCUUGUGACCCCACCUGUGCAUCCCCUUCGGAACCUCAGUGUGUGUGCAGUGUCAUGGGCAGACAUGAGCAACGAGAUUGAGGUUGUGGUCGACUCUGGGUCGGAUGCCUCAUGCUUGCCGCUGUCCUGGGCACACGUCGGAAGGGCUGAUGGAGCAAGCCUUGAUAGUUUCAGGGAUGCCCAGGGUCGCAUGAUUAGGGGUUCGCAAAUGCGUACGGCAGUGCUUCAGAUUGACGGUGUUCAAUUUAAGGAGCGGUGGCUGUUGAGCAGUGUGACACAGCCGCUUUUCAGUGUCGGCAAGUUGCUCAGGCGGGGAUGGGACAUCAUCCACAGUGACGGUGUUCCUUACUUGACAAAUCCUGGGGGCACAGUGCGCGUGCCUAUGCACUACCGGCACAAUUCCUUGCAUGCGCGAGGCUCCAUCAUGAGCGUGGUAGUGUGUGCCAACGACUGUUUGAACGAUGACAGAGAGGACGAUGCGGCCCGACACCACGAGCCUCAGGAAGCCGAGCUUGAUGAUGAGCAGGUGCGCGGCAACGACCAGCAGGUCGAGGUGCCCCGGAGUGCUGAAGCAGACAGCCCUGUUGCGGCUGCGGUGCGUGCGCUUAAGCUUGGCAGUGCAUGGCUGAACCUGGGUAGCCAAUACACCGAGAUGCAGCCUGGAAUCUUUGCUAGGCAAGAUCAGUCGGAUCGGUUUCUUGAUGUGUCAGUGCCGUUGAGCCACCAUGGAGUGGGCUUCCGCACGACCCUUCAGUAUGAUGGUGCCGAAUGGAAACUGAUUGAAAUCAACUGCUUGAUCAGCCUCUUCGAUGAUCUUGAGAAGGAGUUUGAGCCGAAAGGAUCACGCCACAUCAUCACCAUUGGCUCUGUUGACCCCUUGCAAGUAGAAAAGCUGUUUGAUCAUCAGCCUGUAGCGUGGAACGAUGAGAGUUAUGACGGCGAGUAUGCUGAUGCACCGCCCGAUGAAAACAUGCUUGAAGAGGAUGAAAAGGCUGAGGAUGUUGAUGAAGGUGCCGGUGUAGGACCCGUGUCCCUCGCCGAAGUUCCUUCGCAGGGUCAUGUUGUGGUCAAUGGGGUUGAACUGCAUCCCGGGUGUACCCUUAAGACCCUAAGGUCGGCCUGUGAGGUUCUUGGAAUAGGCAAGUCCGGAGGAAAGCAGACGGUCUUUGCGAGGAUCGAGCAACACUUGAAAACCCAGGAGUUGCUGCAACAACAUGCUUUCCAGACUGAUGGUGUGCCAUUGCCGCUUGAACAAAAGUUUGUCGAAGAGCCAACUGCAGAGCAGAAGCGACGGCACGAGCUCAGUCAUGUGCCGUAUGCCGAUUGGUGCCCACACUGUGUAAAGUUCCGCGCCAAAGCCGACAAACAUGUGUCGAGCAAACCUGAGCUGCGGGACGAUUCGGUGUGCAGCUUCGAUUUUGCUUAUACAGGACGGAGCAGCCCAGCUGAGUUUGAAGGUGCGUCAAAGGACAAGCUUGUUUGCCUUGUGAUCAAGGACUCCCACACUGGAGCGAUGCAUGCUGUGCCAACGCCAGCCAAGGGCGGACCGGUUGCUUUCAAGUAUCUUGUUGCCGAAGUUUGUCGGUUCUUGAAUUACUGUGGGCAUGAGUCCGUCACGAUCAGGUCUGACGGUGAGCCAGCUUGCUUAGCACUUCAGCAGGGCAUUAAAGCUUUUAGGACCAAGAUGGGGUUACGCACCCACUUGGAACAGACCGAGCCAGGUGACCACCAGUCAAACCCGUCUGAACAGGCUAUUGAUAGCAUCCGGCAGCUUGCAGGAUGCAUUCUUGACCAGUUUGAGGAGCGUGCCCAGACAACUGUAGGUGCAAUGCACCCGCUGCACGGCUAUGCUUGGAGACACGCGGCAUGGCUUCACAUGCGAAUGUCGCGGCACAACGAUCUCAGUGCGUUUCAAGUGAUCAAUGGCCGGCCGUAUGCAGGGAAACUCGUUUGCUUCGGGGAAAAUGUUUACGCGAGAGUCAAGAGCAGUGUCAAAGGAAAAGCACGCUGGUGCAAAAUGCUUUGGCUUGGAAAACUUCCUGUAUCGGACCUGCACUUUGGAGUCACCGAGGGAGGAUUCAUGCUGUCCUCAAGGUCCGUUAGACGGUUGCCAAAGCAAUAUGAUUCAUCCUUGUGCGCCAAGCUGCGCGACAUGCCUUGGAGCCAAGCGUCUUUUCUUGCAGGCCAAGUUGGUCAAGCACGCAAGCAGAAAACGCUUGAGAGUGAUGAGGGUGCCGGAACCGAGCCUCAGGUUGAGCAGCAAGCCGAAGUGCCUUCACAAGCAGGUGCGGCGGAGAAUCCUUUGCCGUUUCCGGGUCAUCUGUUGCCCGACGAUGCAAUGCUGCAAGAGUUUGUGCCACCGCUGCCCCGAGAGCCAGUGUUGCAUUCACCUGAGCCGCCCACGCCUGUAGCGGCCACUCCAGGGCAGCAAGCAGAAACGCCGAUGCAAGUUGAAACGGCCUCGCCACUUGUGUCGUUCGAUGAUGGGCCUGGGAUUGCUUCUUCGUCCUCUGGGAUAGCACGUCCUGCGACUGAGGAAGCAGGCGGGGAAGCUCCAGCCCGAAAGAAACUUCGUCUUGAUGCUGUUCAGACAAGUGCAUAUGACUGUGAGAUGUUCCAUCAUGAUGAGGCUCCAGAGCUUCUUGAUGAAAGUGCAGAGCAGUUUCUUGACUGUCAGGAUGAGUCCAUUUGGGACACCGAUGAUUGGGCUGAUGACUCAGCCAAUGCACCUGGCAUCCCGAGUAUUUUGAUUAAGCCUUUCAGUGAAACUGAGCCAGUGUGCGAUGCAUCCGAGCUUGAAGCCAUUGAUGCUGCAGCAGAUUCCUUUGAGCUUGAGCGGUUGACAAAGGCCGGUGUUCUUGAACAAAGUGAGUCCUGGCUUGAAGGGCAUCGGACAUUGUCUUCAAAGUACGUUCGCGCCUGGAGGCCCAAAGUGAUCAAUCAGGAGCGCGUUUGGUUGCGCAGAGCCAGGUUGGUUGCGCGCGAAUUUGCGCACCUAGAUCCGGGCAGGCAACACUUGUUUGCACCGACGACGACCCAGUGCAUGCUGAGAAUUGUUCCAUCGCUUUUCAUUCGCAACUUUGGGGACGGUUGGUCCCUACUGAGUCUUGAUGUGUCUGACGCUUUCUUGCAGUGCAAGCAACAGCAUGAUACCUUGACAAAAGUUGAUGGAAAAUGGUAUAAACUUUUCCGAAUGCUGCCUGGGCAACGGGACGGAUCUGCUACCUGGUUUCAAGAUUUUAUGUGUGAGAUCCGCACAGCUGUUGCUGCUGAGCCAUUGGCAGAGCAGCCAGUGUUGUUUCGCAUCCCACAUGCGGAAGGCAACCACAAGUGCCAAGGAGGUGGAAUGGUGCAUGUAGACGACAUGCUUGCGGCAGGAUUGACCGCACGCCUUCAGGAGCUUGAGAAUCACUUGAAGUCAAAGUUCAAAGUGUCCAGUGAAUGGAUCCGCCAAGUCGGCGACGAGGUUUCCUUCUUGAAGCGGCGACUGAUCCUAAUCACUGGACUAGAUGGUGCCAAGGAGCGGUACAAGGCGGCCCCGUUCCCGACUGGAGGCCUGCCGACAGACCUUUCAUCGGACCGCGAGCUGAACUCAGAGCAUCUGACUGCCUAUGUGAAUUGCCAUAAGUCACAUGUGCUUGGUUUGGCAAAACCCCAGCUUGGGCAAGGACUGAUCUGCAAUCGCGUGUCUGAGCAGAAAACUUCUACCCUCGAAAUGUUCUCAGACAGUGACUGGUCCGGGGAUAAGAAGACGCGCAAGUCCGCUGAGUACAACUCCCUGGUUGCUGGUGCGGCAACUGCCAUCCUCCUUAAGAAUUGCGUCAUACACUUGUCGCUUGGGAAUCGCCAAGGAGUCGGACGGACUCGCCACAUCGACGGAAAGCUGUUGUGGCUUCAGCAGAUGACUCAGGAAAAGAUGCUGGACAUUUCACCGGUUGGAACCGCGGAGAAUGUUGGUGACCUUCCCACGAAGCCGCUAAAGCCGGAGAGAGUUGAGUUCAUCCUUGCACGGUUGAAUGUUCGUGACAAGGACUGCGGCUAUGCCUUGGUUGGGAACGCCCAUUUGCUUGAUCACAGGACGCGACAUCAUGUGAGUCGCAUUGUGAAGCGAGGAGCAGUCAACCCACAGCUUGUGCUUCAGAUCCUUGCAUUGGCGUUGCAAGCAGAUUCUGUCGCCAGUGCCGAUGAUGAGCCCACUACGCAUCGCGAUGACGCCUUGAGCCAGGGGACUGGCGAGCACGGUUACGGGGAGAUGUUUUGGAAUUUUCUUGAACAGUUGCUGUAUGCGAUUUUCUUGAUUGCUGAUUUCCUUGCAGAGCAUCCCAUGCCGAGUUUUAUCGUGAGCCAAUGCGUUAUCAUUGCAGUGCUGUGUGGUAUCUUCUUGUGCCGUGGAAACAGGCCAGAAAGGUUGCAUGAGAAGGCAAGUGAGGCAGCUGCGUGCAGCGAUGGCAGCGCGCCGCAGGUGAUGCCGGGUGUGUGCGUCAAUGUGACGGUCGAGGGCCGUGCAGUGCGAGUGUGCUUGGACAGAGCAGCGGCCGAGCUGCUGAUGACCAUGAUGCUCCCGACCCGACAGCGCGAUCAUGCAAUGAAUGCACUGGCUGCACAGUCCGUGGAACCUCUCAUCAGCGAUUUCCUCACGUGGCUCGACCUGGAGAUGGGUGCCACACGCACCGAGAAUCCUCUCGAGCAGCCACCGAGCGACAAAUCCAUGUUUGACAAGAUCAUGCAUCACCUGACCUACAACAAGAUUUACGGCGAAUGGACCGACAUGUGUUCCUGCGGCGAGAAUAGGACGAACCAGGAGAGUUGUUUGCUCCAUCAAACGGUCGCGGACAUUGCGGACGUGGCAUUUCACGCAUGCUCAUCGGUACUCGCCGUCCUGCCUGCAGCAGUGGUUGCCACUGGCCAAAUCCUUGGCCAACACCUAGUGGGCAACUGGGAUGCCCUACCAGCAGUCCUCAAGGAUCAUGCUAGGAACGAUUUGUUCAAAAAAAUCCUAACACCUUCUGGCGUGACCUGCCUAGCACGCCUCCGGUGCUUCUAUAUUUUGUCCUUGUGCCAUCAGACUCUGGAGGGUCGCUGUGGUGAGAUCUCUGGCGACAAGCUGAUGACACUGAUCCAAUCGCACAUAGGGGUGUUUGCACAGAUGGAUGCCAUGUGUACUCCAUUCGAUGUUGCCAGUCUUGCCAGUGGGUAUGCCAGUGGACUGAUGGAGCUUAUUCGAAAAGGCAAGGUAACCAUCGAUGAUCUUACCGAGGACGCUCCAUCAGCCGUUCAACCUGUGCAGGAAUCUUCGACCGCUGCUGGUCAGGCAAACACCUCAGCCGAAGGUGCAGCUUCGAGCUCCAAAGGUGACGGGGACGGGAUUCGGAUGGUUUCUUAUCGUGCGCUGAGUGUGCUGGCAACGGAUCAUGCCAAGAAAGGUGCGGGCAUUGCAGGCACAUCAGGGAGCUACGAAGAUCGCAACGGUUGCAGUGGUGCCGUGACCUUCUGUGUCAAGGAAAUUGAGAAGGGUGACAAGAAAGUCAAGUCAACAGAAGUGCUGCUGCGUUUGCCAAAGACACAACAGGUGACCACGCCGGAGCUCAGAGAUAAAUUCAAGCUGUGCUUCUGGGGCGACGUUUGCACCACUGCCCCCGUCGUGCAGAAACCGCCAAGAGUGAUGACGUUAACGCCACUCGAAGUCACCGUGCAGGGUGAUCCGGAUCAGCCACUGAAGCAUCGUAUUGGCGGCAGUGGUGACGGUGAUGAUUGCGGAGACGACGAGUGUGAAUUGGAGUUCUUUAUCAGGGGCAAUAACUUCGAUACCUUGGAGAGUGAGACUCCUUGUGCAACCUGGAUGAUCCCGCCCACGGACCUAGCUCGCCCAGCGCUGAUUAUCGGAGAGCUCUCAUGCCAAAUGAUCUACAAGAGCACGACAAUCAAGUACUCGGUUCCAGUCCUCCGCUUUACCGACGACGGAGAGGACGCUGGUUUGACGCCAGUCCUGAUCAAAGUCAUGGACGGAGAUGCCUUCCUCGUGCUCAUGAGGGAGCAUCUGCCAGGAGAAGAGUGGAAACCAAAAAAGGGCACAAAGCGAGCAUACCCUGGCCAGGCGCAUCUGGCGGAGGAAGAUUGGCCCCUUGCCAACGAGGCCCUUCGCAAGUUAGGCCUUUUCGGUGGUAUUGGCACAACAACGUCAGCCGUGAGCCGCUUGACCAAGAGCUCGCCGACAAAGAAGCCACGUGUGAACGCAAAUGCAAAGCAUUUGACGAAGUAG